UUUGUAGAAAAUAUGUGAAACGGCAUCGGCGAAUCGUAGAUCAAAGCUAUACGAUCACUUUUUAGGAGCUACUUCUUAUGCUCAGAUCGAGCAUAAGUAUUUGAGCGAAAACCCGGACGCUUUGACUAUGCCCCCGACUCUUCUGGCUAAAAGAGCUUAUACACCACCCCAGGGCUAUGAAAAUGUAGAGGGAAAUGACAAAAAGGUGGAGAAAAUUAAUGAAUUGAACGCGGCGCUGGAAGCUUCUCAAAACGAUGUCUUCACCCGUGUCACGCAGUCUCGAAGUACAGAGGACACUCCUGUAGAGCCUAACCGCAUGACCAGAGACGAGUGGAUGGAAGUUGUCGACGGAGCUUACGGUUUACACUCAAGAAAGAAAGGAAGAGUGCCUCUGUCAAGUACUAGAGUUAAGACACUCACCACCACCAAUAAGCCUAGCAGCCAAUCUGUGACAUCGACGCGACACGGUGACACGUCAUAUGUCGUGGGUAAGAUUGGAAAAUACUUGAUGAAGAAUGUUGAAAUUCCAUUGGCUUUAAGUUUUCUUCCCACUAUUAAGCACGAGUUAAGUGGUGCACAAACGACUUGGGAUGUCGUUCAGCGACUCAUCAAUUCUCAACUCUUAAAGGACUUGCUUCCGCAGCCUAUGUACAUGGAUAUCAUGGAGAUGGACAUUUGA